AAUGAGCAAUCAUAGAUUCUACUAUCUCCGUGAGUUACUGAAAUGCCUAUUUGAUGGUAAAUACGGAAAGAACCGAGGACUGUCAAGAAAAGGGAGACACAUGAACAGUGCCAAUUUCAAAUUGUGGUAGAUAUUUAGCUUUAUGAUCAUAUCGAUAGUCAGCAAAGAAUUGUAGCUUGACGACAAUGGUUACCAAUUAUUAGGCCACAGUGCGAUAAUUAAUACCAUUGUCUCAUGGCAUGAUAUCAGAAAUAUCAGUGGAAUUCCUCGGCGCGUUAUCUAGAAAAUUAAAUUUGACGUAUGAAUCAGUAGAAUCUUGGAUGCAAUGUUAACUACUCAUUGGAAGCCCGAAAAGCUCUUCUUUUUUGACAAGGACAAAAAGUUACGUUGGCGCAAAAGGCAGAAGAAAUCUGCGGACAGCUUGCCAAUCACGUUGCUAAGGGAAGCAAGGCCAUCGGUAACAUUUGCUGGUGAUAGAUUAGGAAAUAUAUUUAAAAAUAAGAAGGAAAACAGCUUUGUAAAAGGUGAUGGUCGAAUAGAAGAAGAAGGGGAAAACUCUGUUGCUGAUGGCAAUGAGAAAAAAGUCCUUGGAAAAAAACAUAAAUUGAUAAAUGAACUAGAAUAUGAUGAAGAUGAAGACACACAAAGGUUUCUUUAUGAAGAAGCAAGGUUUUCAGCCCCAAACUUACUAGCGCAGAUUGAAAAGUUUAUUAUCUUAUUGUUAAAAAAAAGAACUAACGAGAAGGAGGAACUUGAUCAGCUAAGUGAAGAGAUAGAAGCAAUUUACGGAUCAGAAUGGGACCAAGGUCUUCAAGAGGACAGAAGAACAGUUCUAUAUAUUCCUGAUGAUUUGUACACCAAGCUUUGUUGUGAUUAUGAACAGUUUGCUGAAGGUGCAGUGUAUGUCAUGCGAAAAUGGCAGACCAAUGUUUACCGAGAGUUAGCUGCCCUUCAAGAGCUUAAAAGCAGUCAUAACUUUAUUGAUUUUCAAUCUUUGACGUCAUCCCCUGAUCUUGCUUUGCUCAGGACAUUGUCACGUGAAAAGCAAAAAGUAUCAACAGAAGAGAGAGAAGGACGACCUGAGAGUAACAAACCACCUCCAUCUUCAGAUGUCGUUGAUGGUAAAAGCACAGUGGCUGAAGCUGAAAUGGAAGGGCCACCAAUAACCAAUAUUGGUCGUGAGUCAAGAAUUUCAGGAGGAACUUUCAAACCAAAAACAAGAUUAGACAAGUUCAAGGUUACUUCUGAUAGAGAUAAAGGCCCAAAAGCACCCUCUUUGCUCAUAGCUGACAAAGAAAGACAGCAAAAAGGAAUAACCGGUGCCAAAAUAAGUGUUGGUCCUCAUGAAAGCUUUGAAGAUGAGUUUGUCUCUGUCAAAGGCUGGGAGACAAAUUUCGAAAAAAGUAUUGUGUCAAACCAGAACCAAACAUUUCUUCCUGGAUCUAUUUUAAACUUUUCUUUGGCUUCAAAGGCUUGUCAUGAUAAAGGCUGGGUUCUUAGCAAACACACAGCAGAAGACUUAGAGCAAAAAAGUAUGCUUGAAUGGAUGGUAACACGUUUGAGACAAAGUUUAAAACAAAGGGAUGAAGAGGAAGACAAGGCGAAACUUCUCAACGAAAAUGGACCGUUAAUUAAAAGAGAUUACGGUGAUGCAAAAAGGGAAACAACGAUAAAAUACAAACGGGGCGUUGCAUGGGCAAAGUUUUUGUCACAAAAGCAGACUGUUGCACCGAAACGGUUCUUGACAACACUGCCUGAUGGAAGCACUUGCUGCUUUUACCAGUCAGGUAGAGUCGCUGCAAUCUCUUCCAAGUGCAAGGCAGGUAACCACGGCUUCUAUACCUUUGCAUACAGUGAUGAGCCAAAUGCUAAAACUUUAGCUUGUUUCACACCAACCGGAAGAGGCUGCUGUAACUACUCAGAGAAAUCAGUCAGAUUUUUGGUCACAAGUAAGGAAGCAACUUUCAACAGCGAGGAUGGGGUUCCAGAUAAGAAAUGGAAAUGGGCCUAUGGCAAGAUGAUGAACCCAGAAACAGUUCAGUUGAAUGAGAACAUCAGCGUGCGCUGUGUUAGCCAUAACAGCGUCAGUUUGACGGUCAAUAUUGAAGGCGAAGUUCAUAAGUUUCACGUUUCACCAUUUCAAGAUGCCUCAGAGACAGACACUGACAAUCUCGGCUAUCUCAUGACAAAUGAAAAUUUUACAUCACGUGGUGCCGCUGAGGCUCUCCCGCCGAGAAAGAAAAUCACGAGAGAAGAGAGGCGUGCAAAAAACCAAAAAAGAGAUCUUCUCAAGAAUAACAAUCCUGGACUAAGCGAAGAAUCGCUUGCCGAGCGACUCAAGGAUUUAGACGAAAAGUUUCCAGAGAGAAGGGACAUAGAGCUAGAUGCGCCGUUUCUCAUUGAGCUCCACAAAUUGCAGCGAAGGAUAAGGAAUAUUGUGUUCGAGUGGAUGGACUAUUAUCGCUCAUCGGUAGGCAUAUCGAGACCAAGCAAGAUAUCCUUGUUGUCAAAGAAGAAGAACCGGAUGAAUUCAGCCAAUUCCCUUCCGGGAUCACUCCCCUCAUUUCCAAGAAAAGCAGCUGGCUCUCUGCAACGUGCACCUUCCGCUCCUCCAUUGUCGGAUUCAUCAAGAAGCAAAUUUACUUACAAUGGAGAAAAACUGAGUCAGAGAGAUCGCUUGUCUGCACGAGAGCGGACACAAGAAAAUCGACCGAGAAGUAAUAAUUCUGGCCAUGGCUCGGAUGAAGUUUUCCACACUGAUCUGAAACUGGAGGUGCCUCAGUUACCGAAAUCUGCAGAUACUGGAAGGCUGUCCUCGUCUGCGUCCCCAGCACCGAAAAGAGGCCAAACAGAAGAUUCACCACGACCAAAAACAAAUCGGCCAUUGCUUCUUCCCAAAGAGGGUUGCCCUGUGGCUUUGCACGCGGAAAUGAUUGGGGUCAAGAGUCCACAGUGCAGAUGCGACAAGAGAAAGAUACCAUGCAUACAGGACCUAGAAUACGAUGUUUUUAUCAACCAGCACGUCCCAUCGACGCAGCUGAUUGUUGUUAGCAUUGUGUCUUCGUGGUCUGCCAAGUCUCCAAGUGACACAAUGCUGGAUGAACUUUAUUACGAAAAAAACAAAGCUCAGAAUCUCCCGUGUGCCCAGUCUCGCAAUGAUCCGUAUCGCAUUCUUCGCUAUGAUUUGGCUUCAGCUGGCUUCAACAACGAGACGCCACUGCUGCUGCGCAGGCACAAUGUGGCGCCAGGAAUGUUCUUGAUGUAUGUUGGAGGAAAAUUAUUGUUCGCUGAUUACAUAUUCAAUGGCUAUGGAAACGCAAAGAAAGAUUUCUUGAAUCAGGUGCUCAAGACACGUAAAGACUCGAUGGUUGGAGCUGGGCUUGCUCAAGACUUUAGGUUUUCUACACGCCCAACAGGCAGAGAGCCAAGAACAGCUUGGGGCAGUGAGCUUGCUUUGUCUUUUGGCAGUGUAUUCGCUACCACUGAUGAGGUAUUCCACAAUGCCAGUGGCAUCAAUGGUUUGCCAUCGCUAGUGCCGAAACAAUCUAAAGGAAGGUAUUUGUACAAAGAAAAGGACAGGCCAAGAACUCAAACCAGUUUGUUUUCAUACAAUCGAUUCACCAACCUUCAUUACUAAACGAAUGCGUGGCUUACAGUCACCACUCAAUAGACAUGCUUAGGACGGAGAAGACUGCGAACUGCGCCAUCAUAUGUCAACAAAACAGUUGAGAGACAAACGUCGCUAUAAAUAUUUAUAAAUGCAAAGCUUCCUUUAUUUUUUGAGAUUAAAGAUAAAUAAUGAAAGCAAUAUUAGAUUUUAUUUAAGA